AUGGAGCUUUUGAAAUUCUUUUUCUAUUUCCUUCUCCCUUCUGCGUUGCUCCAACUCCUCUUCUCAGUCCGUCGAGCCCGACUGAGCAGACGUCUCCCACCAGGCCCCAUCUCGUUACCUAUCAUCGGUAACCUAUUACAAUUAGGCAACAAGCCUCACGAGUCAUUGACGCGGUUAGCCCAAACAUAUGGUCCAAUAAUAUCGUUAAAGUUAGGUCAAAUGACUACGAUAGUAAUUUCAUCACCCGUCAUGGCGCAAGAAGUCCUACAAAAACAAGACAUUUCCUUUUCCAAUAAGUUCAUCCCCGAUGCUGUUCGUGCAUGCGAUGCACACAAACUCUCUAUUGUUUUUCAACCCUCUAACGACCAUUGGCGGAGCUUGCGGAGGCUCUCUCACACUCAUAUAUUCUCCGGCCGAGUACUUGAUUCCACACAACAUAUUCGACGUAAGAAGGUGGAGGAGCUCGUGGCUUACGUUCGGAAAUGCUGCCACAAAAGCGUGACUGUGAAUGUCGGUCAGGCAGCAUUCCGAACAUCGCUGAAUGUUCUUUCCAACACUCUUUUCUCGAUUGAUUUGGCCGGUACGGAAGGGGACGAGGCGUGUGACUUUAAGGACUUGGUGUGGAACGUUAUGGUGGAGGCCGGAAAACCCAACCUGGUGGACUAUUUUCCGGUUCUACGCGCCAUCGAUCCGCAGAGGAUACGCAGGCGAAUGUCAUUAUAUUUCGUUAAGUUUAGGAUUUUGUUCGGUGAAAUGAUCGAUAAGAAGAUGGCGAUGAAAACCUUCUUGAGAGAUAUUUCUGAAGGCGAUAUAAUCGACAUGCUUCUGAAGAUUUCUCUAGAAAACAAUGAUGAAUUAAACAAGGAAAUCAUAGUUCAAAUGUGUCAGGAAUUUUUUAUCGCGGGAACAGAUACUACCUCGAGCACACUUGAAUGGGCAAUGACCGAAUUAUUUCGACACCCAACUUCCAUGGAAAAUGCAAAAAAUGAGCUAAAGCGCGUUGUUGGUCUCGGUAAACAAGUAGAAGAGUCUGAUAUUGAUAGAUUGCCUUAUUUGGGAGCAGUUCUAAAAGAAACUAUAAGAAUGCAUCCACCAGCCCCAUUUCUUGUCCCUCGACAAGUUUAUACAGAAGUUAAUCUGUGUAGCUACACGAUCCCAAAGGGAGCACAAGUGUUGGUGAACGUUUGGGCAAUAGGUCGAGAUCCCGAUAUCUGGGAGAGCCCCAUGGAAUUUAAACCGGAGAGGUUUAUUGAUUCAAAAAUUGAUGUUCGUGGCCAAGACUUUGAAUUGAUUCCUUUUGGAGCCGGACGGAGAAUUUGCCCGGGAUUAUCCUUAGCGAUGAGACUCCUUCCGACGGUGUUGGGCUCGUUGAUUAAUUUGUUUGAUUGGAAAAUUGUGGGAGAUGUUAAUAACUUGGACAUCGAAGAGAAAUUUGGCCUCACUUUACAAAAGGCUAACCCUCUCCUAGCCGUUCCAAUUCCUAAAUAGGAAUAUUGGACUUUU